ACCGAGUUCUGAUUAUCUAUCAUUUCACUCUUGAACUGCAUUCAUUGCAUUGAUAUUAUUUUUGCGGCAUAUUGCAAUUAAGUUCCCAAUCAUACCCAUAAUUCUAUUCAAAUUUAGUCGAGUUUGCACAAUUUCGCCGGUUAGUUGCGUGCAUUUGCAAAGUGUAUAACGUUCAAUUUAAAAGUUAAAUUUUAAAGUAGGUUUUGAUAUUCAAUAAAUCGUUGAGAUCGUUUAGUGUGAAUUAGAAUAUCUACACAAAAUGAUUGAUAAGUUUUAUAAAACCAACGUUUUGUGCAUCGCCGACAAGCAACGGCAACAUCAGAUCAUGAAUAUCCUUCAGCAGUUGAUUCUGACCAAAGAAAAAACCGAAAAGGUUGACGAAACAUUUACCAAUGAAGUGAAUUUAGCUCUAACCGAACAGCCAUCCUCACUGCAAAUGGAAAACACAUACAUACCGGAAUUGCCCAAUGGAACAGAAGACGGUCAAUUUUUGGCAUUGGAUUUAGGUGGUACCAAUUUCCGAGCGAUCCUAUUGCACCUGGAACAUGGGAACGUUAUUCGCGAGGAAGUUAAACGUUACCACAUACCAGACGAAUUGAGAACUGGCUCUGGCCUAAAGUUAUUUGAUUUUCUAGCUGAAUGUCUAGUGGACUUUGUCUCUGAACAGGAUUUAGAAGAUGUGCCACUACCCUUGGGCUUCACAUUUUCAUUUCCAAUGUCGCAUCACUCGUUAGAUUCUGGUUACCUGGUCACAUGGACUAAAACAUUUAACUGUCCGGAUGUUGUUAAUAUGGACGUUGUUAAAUUAUUGCAACAGUCGUUAGAAAAGUACGGACACAAUCAUAUUGAGGUGAUGGCUAUAUUGAACGAUACAACAGGAACAUUGGUCGAGGGCGCACGUAUAGAUAAUCGAACACGAAUCGGUAUUGUCCUGGGCACGGGAAGUAAUGCCUGUUAUGUUGAGCGCGCUGACCGUGUUCAGCAUUGGGAAACGGAGCGUCACAACGAACAUCAUGUCAUCAUUAAUAUUGAGUGGGGAGCAUUUGGUGAUAAUGGUUCGUUAGAUUUCCUUAAAACUGAAUUUGAUCGUUCGCUAGAUUUGAGAUCAUUGCUGGCUACGUCGUUUACGUUCGAGAAAUACAUCAGUGGGAAUUACCUUGGAGAAUUAGUCCGAACCGUUCUUGAAACGCUUUGGGACAAAAAACUUUUUCUGACAAAAGCGCCGCCCGAACUUUUCCCGCUCGAAUGGAAUUUCACUUCAGAUUUAAUUUCACUCAUCGAACAAGACACCAUUGACGGUCAACAGCACCGAAUCAAAAAAAUUCUUAGCGAUUUCGGUUAUGAGCAACGUCAUUACGAUGACGACGAUUUGGCUACCAUUCAGUUUGUUUCAGCGUUGACAUCAUAUCGAGCCGCUAAACUGGUCUCUAUCACCACAGCUAUUAUGUUAAAUCGCAUGGAUGAGGAAGAUAUAACUAUUGCUAUUGAUGGUUCACUUUACAAGCAUCAUCCUCGUAUGAAAACUUGGUUGGAGGACAUAAUCGCUGAGCGUGCUCCUAAUAAAUUGUUUCGAUUAAUUUUGGCCGAAGAUGGUAGUGGUAAAGGUGCUGGGCUCGCGGCAGCCAUUGCAGUGAGAGUGAGCAAGUGUAGAGAAUGAUUCCACUAGACAUGGUUUUUGCAAAUUUUAUCCAAAGCAUGAGUUCUUAGUCACUACAACUCGAAAAUUUAUUGUUUUAUAUUAUGUGCAGCCAUCUCAAUAAUAAAUACUUUUGUUUUGACGAAAACUUG